CAGGUUCCAGCCAAGGCGGAUGAGUCGACAGCUGGAAACGGAUUCCAACCCACAUGCAUAAUACGCGUGCGUUUGAAGGGCACUGCAGAGGUUAACAGGUUAUGAGCCCCGGGCUCUACUGUGUUAUCUCUCACCGACAAAGGGGCUAACUGAAGGAACUCAGGAUCGGCCAAGUAGUUAGGAGAGAUGGGAAGGUAUGAGAUUGUUCCCAAGUAUGAUGGGACAAAUUUGAGGACGUUUGCUCGGAAGUAUAUCGAUCUUCUGGCACAAGAGGAUAUCGCUGUGGAUGUGCUGAGAGAUGCUGAGUUUCCGAACGUGACAGUGUCGAAGAAGGCGCUGGGCUUUCUGCGCCGCAAUGUGAGCAGGGAUUUUGAGGAGGACGUCCAGGACUGCGAGACCGCCAAGGAGGCCUGGGACAUCCUGCAGAAGCUCUACAACGACGCCAUGAAGCUGCAGAGGCCGGAGCUAAAGAGGCGUUUCCGGCAGCUGCGAUUCUGCAGCAAGGAAGACAAGGACAUCGCCGGGUUCUUUGCCAGGGGGAAGGCACUGCGCAACCAGCUGAGGGACGCUGGAGUGGAGUUUACCGAUACGGACCUGGCCGAGCAGAUUCUGGCCGGGCUGCCGGCUGCGUUUGAGCCGAUUGUGACGACCAUCAACGCGAUGAUGGCCAAGGCGAGCGCAGAAGCUGAGGACGGCGAGGAGGAGGACUACAACUUGGAGGUCGUCAAGAAGCAGCUACAGACGCACGAGUCGAUGAUGAAGCAGUCGGCGGGCAACAUGGAGCUCGUCAACGUCGCGCGGUUUGAUCGGCCCAGAGGCCAGCCACGGACGUUCCCGGGACAGGUUCUGUUCAACGGGGUCUGCUUCCGGUGCGGGAAGAAGGGGCACAGGAAGAUCGAGUGCCGGGCUAGCAAGGAGCAGGUGCAGCAGUUUAGGCAGCAGCAGGCUCAGGCGCAGCAGGGUGUUGAGGGGCAGAUGCAGCAGCUGGCGGUGGGACAGCCGCAGGUGCUGCAGGUACCGCAGGCACAGCAGAUGCAGGUGCUGCCGGUACAGCAGGUACCGCAGGCACAGCAGAUGCAGGCGGUUCAGGCGCAGCAGCAGCAGCAGCAGGCGCAGCAGGGGAGGCAGCCGGGAAGGUUCCGUGACUACGCAGCGGUAGCGCACGAAGGGGGCUUGUUCAGCAAGUACCCGACCCUCGCUCCCUUCAUCCUCGAUUCGGGUGCCACGACCCACGUCACCAACAGCCUGGCGGACCUGCACGAUUUCCAGUGGUCGUCCGGUGGCGAGAUCAGCGGCCUGUAUGGCACUAGCGGGAAAGUAGAGGGCUCGGGAACGGUGGUGUUGGUGUCGGGGGGGGUGCGGUUCAGCAUCCACGACGUGCAGUACGUGCCGGGCGCUCAGGUGAAGGUGAUCUCGGCUCUCGUGCUGGCGGACAAGGGCUAUGAGUCGGCGGUGAAGAAAGGGGGACGGUCGGAGGUCAGCUACGACGGAGCGGUGGUGCUCACGGCGUCACGCAGGGAGGGCAGCCGACUGCACUACAUUGACGCGGAACCCCUGUCGGUACUGGACGAUGAUAUGCUGGCGGAGGCUAUGGAUACGGCGCUGCCCAUCCUCGACCCGCUGUGCCUUUGGCACAGGCGGCUUGGUCACCUGUCGUAUGGGGGCAUGGAGAAGCUGGUGCGGGAGAAUAUGGUGGAGGGGCUGGACCUUUCGCUGAAGCAGUUCGCAGCGGCAGACAAGGUGUGCGAGCCGUGCAUGCUGGGCAAGCAGCCAAGGGUUUCGUUCCAGUCCUCCAGUUCCACCACCUCCCGGCCUCUCGAGCUGAUCCACAUGGACGUGUGUGGGCCGUUUCCGGUGGAGUCGCUGAAUGGGAACAGCUACAUGGUGACGUUUUUGGAUGACUACAGUGGUUACUCGCACUUGGAGUUUGUGCGGUUUAAGUCGGAUGUGCCUGAUGUGGUGAAGAAGGUGCUUGUCAUGUUCGAGCGGCAGCUGGAUCUGAAUGUGAAGGCAGUGCGGACGGAUCGGGGGCGUGAGUACGUCAACCGGAAGCUGGGCGAGUGGUUCGAGUUCAACGGCAUCGAUCACGAGAAGACAGCGCCGUACACGCCGGAGCAGAACGGCAAGGCGGAGCGUCUGAACAGGUCGAUUUUGGAGAAGGUGCGACCGAUGCUGAUCGACGCCGGCCUGAAGUCCUCGCUCUGGGAGGAGGCAGCUACGUAUGCGUCAGACGUGAGGAACACGUCUCCGUACCGCAACCAUCCCACUACUCCGUACGAACGCCUCUCGGGCAAUAAGCCGGACGUUUCCAGCCUGCGGGUGUUUGGGGCGAAGGCGUACGUGCACGUGCCUAAGCAGCAGCGGAGCAAGCUGGAUGAUGUGGCAGUGAAGGGGGUGUUUGUGGGGCUGGAGCCAAAGGGACGGCAGUUUCGGGUGUUGGUGGGUGGAAAGAUUGUGGUGAGCAGCAGCGUUACGUUUGACGAGCGGCUGCCUCAGGCGGACUCUACCGUGGGAGGAUCGAGCAGCACUAGUGACGACAGCUGGGGUUUGCUGCUGUCUCCAGCCAAUGUCGACUAUGACGUCGGCAGUGGCAGCAGCAGUGGCGGUGGUGCCGGCAGUGGCAGCAGCAGUGGCGGUGGUGCCGGCAGUGGCAGCAGCAGUGGCGGUGGUGCCGGCAGUGGCAGUGGCAGUGGUGGUGGUGCUGGUAGCGGCGGCAGUGGAGGUAAUGCCAGCAGCGGUAGCGUGGGAGGCACCCACAGUGGCAGUGGUGGUGCUCUUGGCAACGACAGCGGGGGAGGCGCAGGCAGUGGUAGUGGCAACGGUAAUGGCAGUGGAGAUGGUGAGGAGUCGGACGACUCUGGGCGGAGUGCGGCAGCUACGGCAGAGUCUUCUGAAAGUGCCGCCAGCAGUUUCAAAAGCUUGGCUGGCGGCAAUGAGGAUGGUGGGGGUGGUGCAGGCGGCGGCGGACGUGCACGCCACCCUCCGAAGUGGAUGACGAGCGGUCAAUACGUGGUAACGGCAGUGGAGAACGCCAAGGAUCAGUUUACCGAUAAGGAGGCGCGUAGUGGACCCUAUGCAGCGGAGUUCGAGGGGGCGAAGCAGGCGGAGAUUGCGAGCCUGCACGCCAAUGGUACGUGGAGGCUGGAGAAGCCACCGGCAGGGGCUAGGGUACUGCCGGUGAGAUGGGUUCUCACGAUCAAGCGCCGGGCAGAUAACAGCAUUGAGAGGUUCAAGGCGCGGUUGGUUGUUAAGGGCUACAUGCAGCGUGAGGGUAUUGACUUCAACGAGGUCUUUGCCCCAACCGGCAAGCAGUCGACCCUACGGGCUUUGCUGGCGAAGGUGGCGGCUGAGGGCUUGCAGCUGCAUCACGUAGACAUCAAGACCGCUUUCCUAAACGGUGAGCUGGAGGAGGAGGUCUACACUGAUCAGCCGCCGGGGUUUGAGAAUGGG